AUGGCGCGUCGAAAUGUGUGGUCACCUGAGGAAACCAGAGAGCUGCUGGCUGUUAUCAAGGAGCUGGAUUUGAUGAAGUCUUUUGGCGAAGAACGCAAUAAUAAACUUUACCAAAUUGCCCAGGAUGAGCUGAAGCAGCGGGGCUUCCUGGACAAGGACGCGUUUCAAAUCGAGCACAAAUGGAAGAAUCUUAAGCGGACGUACUACAAAACGAAGCGAGAGAACUAUCUUAUCGAAUCGUGCGAAUUUUUCGAGGAACUAGAUGAGCUGAUGGCUAUGAAACCAGUAUCAACAAACAAAACCAAAGGUUCCGAUCAACCUAAACGGCCGAGAGCUGUGCUGGAAAAUUUUGACCUUUUGCUAAGCAAGCUUGCAAAGGUUGACCGUGAAAAUAAUGAUGACUUUUUCAAAAAGCAAAAGGAUCUGGUAGACUACGAGUUUGAUCUGUAUACGCAGGAUGAACGCAUGUACACUUCGAAACUUUCGCAGCUGUUGAACAAAAAUACCGACGACUUUUGCGCGAGAGCGCAGAAAAUUUUACUAUUGGAAGGAAUUAUAGGAGGCGAAGAGUUCGAUGGGGAAAUUCCAAACAUGGAACUUACAGUGGAAGCGGAAGAAUCUAUUUCAGCUGAUCCGGCGGAGGAAAUGGUAAUCAAAAAAGAGAAAGUGAAAGAGUUUUAUCAGACUUGGAGAGAGGAGGAAACUUACUGAACUGCACCGAACCGGAAAUGCCCAAAGAAUCUGCUAAUAAAUUUGCCCUGUGCACGAUUAGUUAA